AUCCAUUCUUAAGGAGUUCGGAUCAUACGGCCGUAGUACAACUUCCAGACCUAUUUAAUUAUCGAUCUGUCGUAUUCCUAUUAUGACGACACCCCUAUAUCACAAACUCCAGAACCGUGUUCGAGAUCUGACGUGCGGUCGGACAAGAUUCUGACAUACCUGUCUCACUGUUUCAUUGUCUUCUAGGGCUAAUUCUAUUUGGAAAUUGAUACCGAUUUAUCCAUCUAAGAUAUAUUCGGACUUGUUAUUUGAACCUCAGAAGUGGAGACAGACAUCAAAAUGCCGGCCAAACAAAAGCAGCCAGUAUACGUCCUCGGUGUGGGUAUGACCAAGUUCAUCAAGCCCCGAGGAAAGGUCGACUACACGGAGCUGGGCUUCGAAGCCGGUGUCAAGGCCAUGCUCGAUGCGCAAAUCAAUUACGACGAUGUUGAGCAGGGCAUCGCUUGUUACUGCUACGGUGACUCUACUUGUGGCCAACGGGUUUUCUACCAAUUUGGCAUGACCCAAAUCCCUAUCGUCAACGUCAACAAUAAUUGUUCCACGGGGUCAACCGGCUUAUCAAUGGCCCGGAAUACCAUCGCGUACGGUGGUGCUGACUGCAUUCUCGUCGUGGGGUUCGAGAAGAUGAUGCGCGGGAGUUUACAGUCGUUUUUCAACGAUAGGGAGAACCCUACUGGUACCUCCGGGAAGAUGAUGGCCGAGACUCGGGGUUACACAAAGGCCCCCGGCGCCGCUCAGAUGUUUGGCAAUGCCGGGAGAGAAUAUAUGGAGAAGUACGGCGCCAAACUCGAGGAUUUCGCAGAGAUCGCUAGGGUCAACCACGAGCACUCCGUGAACAACCCGUACUCCCAAUUCCAGGACGUCUACACCCUCGACCAGGUCAUGCAGGCACCCAUGAUCCACGAGCCGCUCACCAAGCUGCAAUGCUGCCCGACCUCCGACGGCGGCGCCGCCGCGGUGCUCGUAUCGCAAGACUUCCUAGACGCGCGCCCGCACCUCAAGUCCCAAGCGAUCCUGAUCGCAGGCCAGUCCAUGGCAACAGACUCACCAGCCCUGUUCUCCCGCAGCGCAAUCGAUCUCAUCGGCUACGACAUGAGCAAGCGCGCGGCCGAGACGGCGCUCAGCGAGGCCGGAAUUUCGCCUAAGGACGUCCAGGUCGUGGAGCUGCACGACUGCUUCUCGGCGAACGAGCUGGUGACGCUGGACGCGCUGGGCCUGUGCGAGCACGGCAAGGCGCACGAGAUGGUGCGCCGCCGCGACAUCACGUACGGCGGGAAGUACGUCGUGAACCCCUCGGGCGGCCUGAUAUCGAAGGGCCACCCGCUCGGCGCCACGGGCGUCGCGCAGUGCGCCGAGCUGGUCUGGCACCUGCGCGGCUGGGCGAACAACCGCCUGGUCCCGCGCACGCGGUUCGCGCUGCAGCAUAACCUGGGUCUUGGGGGCGCCGCCGUGGUUACCGUGUACAGUCGCCCGGAUAAGGAGGAGGCGCAGGCGCUGGAUUCGAAGGAGGUGGGUGAGCGCAACGGGCUCGGGUAUAAUCCGGCGGUCGAGGCGAAGGGGUUUACGGCGGAGCAGGCGCGGAGGGUGCUGAGUCGGUCGAAGUAUAGCGAGUGGGCGCUGCAGGAUACUGGGAGGAAGGUGCAGGCGAGGUUUUGAGGGUGGGGG